GUUGGAGCCGGUCUUCCUGUAAUUGCUUCUAUUACUCGUGUGCUUUCAUCAGGAGAUCCAAUUUAUCGUAUUAUUGGGAGCUUGAGUGGUACUCUGGGUUAUGUGAUGAGUGAAUUGGAGGAUGGAAAAGUGUUUAGCUUUGUUGUUAAAGAAGCUAAACGUCUAGGAUAUACAGAACCAGACCCACGAGAUGAUCUUGGUGGGAUGGAUGUUGCCAGAAAGGCAUUGAUCCUUGCCCGACUUCUUGGACAACGAAUAAACUUGGAAGAUAUUAAGGUGGAUUCAUUGUACCCUGAUAAUAUGGGACCUAAAUCAAUAUCUGUAGAUGACUUCAUCAACCAUGUUCUUCCAUUGCUUGAUAGUGAAGUUGGAGAGAAAGUUGCAGUGGCUGCUUCCAAAGGAAAUGUCCUACGAUAUGUGUGUAUGAUUGAAGGCUCAAGAUGCCAAGUUGGGCUACAAGAGCUUCCAAAGGAUUGUCCGUUGGGCAGAUUAAGAGGAAGUGACAACGUGGUGGAAAUAUACAGCAGAUGUUACAAGAACUCUCCUCUGGUGAUUCAGGGGGCAGGAGCAGGAAAUGAUACAACAGCUGCAGGAGUCCUUGCUGAUAUUGUAGAUCUACAAGAUCUAUUCAACUAAAAGUUACUGCUUUUCAAGGUGAGUAACUUUGCUGGUUUUGCUUACGAUUUUAGUUGGUUCGAGCGUUGAAAACUUUAAUGGAAGGCAGGGUUUAUGAAUUUGUUCAGCAUCAAGCAGACUAGCUCUGAAUGGCCUCUUGGGAAUCCGAUCUCUUAAUAUUUUUGUAUUUCCCGUUCAUCACCAAUCAAAUACUCAGUACUUAACGAAAUUUGCAAGAUCAAUAGUUCUUCCUAUCAAAAGUGUAUUCAUGAGCUCAUGAUAAGAUUUCUGAAGCCUCUUUUGACUCUCGUUUUCACAA